AUGAGUAAAGAAGAGUUCUUGAAGAUCCAGACUUGUGUUCUUAAAGUGAAUGUGCACUGUGAUGGGUGUAAGCAUAAAGUGAAGAAGAUCUUGCAGAAAAUUGAAGGGGUUUACACCACAAACAUAGAUGCAGAGCAGGGGAAGGUGACUGUGUCUGGGAAUGUUGAUCCAACCACACUAAUCAAGAAGCUUGCAAAGAUUGGUAAACAUGCAGAGCUAUGGAGUGCACCAAAAGCCAACAAUAAUCAGCAGAAUCAACUCAAUAAUCAGUUCAAGAACCUGCAAAUUGGCAAUGGGAAAGGUCAAAGUAAGAACCCUAAUCAAAAAGUGGUUAAUCCCCAGCCAAAAGGUGGUCAAAAUCCGCAGCAUCAACAAUUGAAAGGGAUUCAAGAUCCAAAAAUGCCGCCUCAGUUUAUGAAGGACAUGAAAAUGCUGCCCCCUCAAUUAAUGAAGGACAUGAAAAUGCCUUUCAAUGGCAAGGACCAGAACCAGAAGUCUGUCAAGUUCAACGUGCCUGAGAUUGACGAAUCUGGUGACGAUGAGUUUGACGAUUCAGACUAUGAUGAAUUUGAUGAUGAUGAUGAGUUUGAUGAUGAAAUGGAUGACGUUCCGUUGAAUAAGAUGAAACCCGUGAUGGGUAAUGGCCAUGGGGGUGGUCAGAUACCUAAGAUGAUGAUGAAUAAUAUGAUGAACAUGCAGCACCCUCAGUUUAUGCAAGGUGGUGCUAAUGGAGGUAAUAACAGAGGAAAUGCCGGUGGAAAUAGCAAGAUGAUGAUGAAUAAUAUGAUGAAGGGGCAGCACCCCCAAUUCAUGAAAGGUGAUGGUAAUGGAGGCGGCAACAACAGAGGAAAUGCUGGUGGAAAUGGCAAAAAGGGUGGUGGUGCUGGAAACAUACCGUUGCAGGUGAAUGUUGGUGGAAAUAAUGAUGGAAAAUGUGGUGCAAAUUUAGGCAAGAAAGGUGGUAAUGGGAACAACAACAGUGGUAACCAGAACCAAGGAGGAGGAAAGGGUGGCAAGAAUGGUGGUGCUCAACCACAAGAUGGCAAAAAUGGCGGUGGCGAUGGUGGUCAGAACAAGAACGGAAACAAUGUCAAUGGUGGUGGUGGUGCUAAUGGAGCGAAGAAAGGGGGUGGAAUGAAUGAUGGGUUCCAUGGUAUGCCAAAUAUGAUGGCUAUGAAUGCUAUGAAUGCAGGUGAUAGUAUGGGCCAGAUGGGGAAUAUGCCCAUAGGCCAAAUGAGACCUAUGGGUAAUCCACAAAUGGGUAAUUUUUCGGCUGUCCAAGGGAUUCCUACUUCAGCCAUGAAUGGUGGUGGUGGUUUCCAAGGUCAGGCCAUCGAGCACAUGGCCGGGAACCCCCAUUACCAGCAACAAUUGGCGGCAAUGAUGAUGAACCAACAACGUGCAAAUGGAAAUGAAAGGUUUCAACCAAUGAUGUAUGCCCGACCUCCACCUGCAGUCAGUUAUAUGCCACCUUACCCUCCUUACCCGUACCCCCAACAUCCCGGCGAACAACCAGACCAGUACUCAAUGUUCAGUGAUGAAAACACCUCGAGCUGUUCCGUGAUUGCUGUGAACAUUUUUGGCUCUCCUCGGCGAUGUGGUGGCCAGGGUGACAUACUCUCGGGAAGUGUUGCUGUAUUUCUUUCCUGGGCUCGUCAGUGUGUUGCUGAAGGGGGGUGGAGCAUGAGUCCUACGAUUUUGGGGUGCAUUUCUGGGUCAGCUAUACUGAGAAAAGCUGCGGCGCUUGCAUUUGAGAACAAAAGAAGAUCUACCCUUACUAGUGAUAUAAUUGAAUGCUUGGGAGAAAGUUUGGAGGAACUCUGUCCAAACCCUAGCUCAGUUUUGUCUCCUACUCAACAAUUCAUUCAGCGAUUCCAACUACAAGACAGAAAAGUUGAGCACCGAAGGGGGCAGCCUGAUUCAAUUUCAAACUUUUGGACCUUUGUGAAAAUCAAAAGUCUACACAAUAAGCUAGUGAAUUCAAAUGGAUCACCAAGUAAAUGGACAGCCCCAAGGUAUGGGAGUGGUGGGUAG